AUGGGGGAAGACGCGCGCGCUCCUCCUUGCUCUCCGCCACGUGCGCCCUCGCCCGAGCCGCGUCGCCUAGGCCACCCUGCGCUCCCUCCCGUCCCCUCGUGCACUAUGGGCGGCGAGCCGGAGCUCGGCCUGGACAAGAAUGAGCCGCCGUCUCUCCGCCGGACGCCACCUGCUAAAAUGCUGGUUCGCAGGUGCUCGGGUCAACACCGGCCACGGACACAGGAGUCCGGCUCGUGCCACCUUCCCCCAGCGGCUCCACGGCUAGGCCAUUGGCCGUUUGUGAAACAUGAGGUCAGGGUCGCCGCCGGCGUCGAACUUGAUUUUGGCCCCGAGCUUGACAUGGACGACGCGUGCCAUGUGUUCGAUGAAAUGCCUGCAUGGCGUUGUUGUCCUCUUUGUCAAUGGCACUGCUUGUUCCCAGGAAACUGUGUCAAUUUAUCGAUCACUCUUUCAUCCCCAAAUUUAUCGUCUGACCAAUCAACUCGAGUCUGCAAUGUGCUUGCACUCCUCCAGUGUGUCGCAUCGCACCCUGAUACUAGGAUGCCAUUCGUAAAUGGUGAAUUUUCAUCUUCAGAGCUGACACGAAGUGGUUAUGCAGAACUCGUAGAAAUUUUUAUCUUCAGAGCUGACACGACUAUAUUGUUGUAG